CAACAUGAAGCUGCGGUACAAGGAGGAGAAGCCCUGGCAGCCCGUGGCACCGUCCCAGUACCCUCAGCCCAGGCUGCUGCAGCACAGGCCCACGGAGCUCCUGACGCUCACGCCCUGGUUGGCACCCAUCAUCUCCGAGGGAGCCUUCGACCCGGAGCUGCUGCGGCACAUCUACCAGCUGAACCUGAGCAUCGGCGUGACGGUGUUUGCCGUGGGGAAGUACACCCAAUUCGUCCAGCACUUCCUGGAGUUGGCGGAGGGGUUCUUCAUGCUUGGCUACCAGGUGCACUGCUACGUCUUCACCCACAACCCUGCAGCCAUCCCCAGGGUCCCGCUGGGCCCUGGCCGGCUCCUUGACAUCAUCCCCACCAGAGGUCACGCCCACUGGGAGGAGGUCUCCAUGCGCCGGAUGGAGACCAUCAGCCAGCACAUCACCAAGAGGGCCCACCGGAAAGUAGACUAUCUCUUCUGCCUUGAUGUGGACAUGGUGUUCCAGAACCCGUGGGGCCCUGAGACCUUGGGGGACCUGGUGGCUGCCAUUCACCCAGGCUAUUUCACUGUGCCCCGCCAGCAGUUCCCCUAUGAGCGCAGGCAGGUUUCUACAGCUUUUGUAGCUGACAACGAGGGGGACUUCUAUUAUGGUGGGGCAGCCUUCGGGGGGCGAGUGGCCAAUGUGUAUGAGUUUACCACAGGCUGCCACAUGGCCAUCCUGGCAGACAAAGCCAAUGGCAUCAUGGCAGCCUGGCAGGAGGAGAGCCACCUGAAUCACCGCCUCAUCACCCACAAGCCGUCUAAGGUGCUGUCUCCCGUGUACAUCUGGGAUGACAGGAAGCCCGUGCCACCCAGCCUGAAGCUGAUCCGCUUUUCUACACUGGUCAAGGAUACCGGCUGGCUGCGGAGCUGACAGCGGAGCCUGGGCCACUGUGGACAGGAACACAAAGCCCCACAGUCCCCUGCCCCGUCCGCCUCAGGAGGGGACCAGCCCCAUCCUGCCUGCCUUUGCCACCAGGAGAGGGGCAGGCAUGGGAGGUCCAGCCUGGAAAAGCACCCGAAGGCCUGCUGCUGUCCCCUCUGGGGACACUUUGACUCCCCAGGUGUCCAGCACCAGGGACUCCUUUCCUCUGGUUGUCGGGGCCCUGGGCACUGUGAUGCUGCCCAGCCACUGCCUGCCACUCCCUCACUCUGGACCCCAGAGCCGGCCUCUGGAAUGCACCCAGCCUAGGCUCCCUAGGGCCCACACUGGAGUCCACGUGCUUCCUUCAUAGUAGUGCUUGGGGUGGUUUUCAAUAAAGGUGGUGCAGGGCUGGGAACAUAGCUCAGCACCGCCGCCACACCUGCCUGGCAAGCACAAGGUCCUGAGUUUGAUUUCCUGUACCAAAAUAAUUAAGUGAAUAAAUAAAGGUGGUGUAGGCUCCGGGAUACAAGCAGCCUGGAUCUCCUGCACAGUCAGCCUGGGCGAGGGCGGAUGGUUGUUCCAGAAAACCUAGGCUAAAGCUGGCUGCUGCCACAGACGAGAGCUUCUACCCAACUCCUAGCCACAGACCAAAGGUAUCACUGGUUCUGCGGAGGGCCUGGGCAGAGCAGGGCGUGAAGACUCCCAGGGCACUGGGCAACACAGCCCGCCGCUGGACGGCCUCCUGGAUCAGCCCUUGCGUGCAAAGGGAAUGUGGAUCUGGGUCCCCUCAGCCCCAGAAGCCAUGGGGAGCCAGGCAGAGGCGGGUGUGGCGUGGAGGGUGGGCUUGGCAGCCUGGUGUCAGGCAACAGCAUCUUUCCCACAGGAGGAGGAGACAGGUGGGGAGGCCUGUGGUCAGGCAGGCGCCCCUCAAUCCGGCCCCUGAGCAAAGCUAGGGGCAGCCCUGAGCCCACUCUUCUUACAACUUCCAGUGUAGCAGAGAGGCAGGGAGCAGGCCCCAUAACGGGAGCCUUGGAGUCGUCAGCAGAAGGACACAACCCGGGCCAGAGAGGACUGGAGUCUCAGAGAGGCAAAAGUGGACCCAGCGCCUCUGUGUCCCCAGGAAGCACCACCGGCCCGGGGCUGUCUGGGCCACCGUGCAGAGGAGUCUGUGAGGCAGGGCUGUGUGGAAGGAGCAGGCCUUGCCUGCAGGGAGCUUGUGCUCGGAGCUCGGGGAGGCCCAGAGGCUGGGGCAACAUCAGCCUGCAGGGGAGGCUCCCAGGUUCCUCCUCCCUGCCUGGCUCUGGGGCCUUGCCCAGCACCAUGGGCCCAGCCUCUGCCAGACUCAGCCGUGGGCCUCAGCCCCUGGGCACGGGCUAACUGGAGACCCUGUAUCAGGGCAGAGCCCUCAGGCGCCCUCAGCUGCCAGCUGUCUGAGUGAUGGGUGGAGCCCAGCUGCUGAAACCAGACCACCCGCCCAGGUGCUUUUCCGACAGGCUGAGGGCCUGCAGCCAGAGAUGCUCCCUGGGGGAAAGAAGCACAGGGCCCAGUCCAGUAGAGGAAUUCGACCAGGGGCACAGGCCCGGGGGACCCCUCGGCGCUGCGUGGCAGGAUCAGAUUUAAGCCUUGUGUAAGUACAGGCAAACCUGCCGGAGCAGAUCAAACCUUUAUGGCUCUGAAGCUUCUUCAAUUGCAGAGGUCCCUUUCAAGAAACAGACAUAAUUACAAAUGCCAGCAGGGCUGGGGAUUUAGCUCAGUGUGCUGCACCAGAUCCUGAGUUCAAUCCUCAAUAUCACAAAAAAAAACAAAACCAAAUGCCCUGCCAAAGCUUGAACUGCCUGUCCCUUCCAGGCCAACAGCCCCCUCAUCACAUACUACAGUCCAGCACCACUGUUUGGCCCAUAGGGCCAGGGCUGGCACACCUCUGCCCAUGCGGCCUACAGGCCAGGCCUGCCCAUCUCACCACCAGGCCGGUUCCCUGGGAAUCACUCCUGCCAUCGCCUCCUCCAGGAAGCCUGCCUUGAUUUGUGCUCCCUUCCAAGUGGGUGCCUCUGUGCCUUCCUAUAAACCCACCUCGUCCAAGUAGUCAUUCACAAAGCAGUUCCCCCCACCACUUCCAUUCUGUCUCCCAGAUAGCCAGUUCCAAGACAGCACUGAUUAACCACAGCUAGCUGGGUUUCUCCCAGAACCCAACACCAGGAUGCACUCUGCACAUGUUUG